AUGGCGGCGUUGGUGCGGUUGUCCUGUGCGGUGAUGCGGCCGCAGUGUCGCCAGCUCUGGUGUCUGUUCCCUCAUGGCCACGGGCUUUGGGGUCCGGCGGGGAGUCCGCGGCCGCGAGAGGCGCGCUGCUGUCUGGGGAUCCGGGCCUUCAGCGUCGCGCCGCCACCGCCGGAGGCCAAGGGGCCCGAGCCCAAGGGCGGCCAAGCCGGGUCGCGCCGCCCGAAGCCCGGGCCCGUUUCUUGGAAGUCUUUAGCACUGACUUUUGCCAUUGGAGGAUCUUUAUUGGCUGGAAUGAAGUACUUCAAGAAAGAAAAGAUAGAAAAGCUAGAGAAGCAAAAACAUCGAAGCAUUGGAAAGCCUUUACUAGGAGGUCCAUUUUCCCUCACCACUCAUGAUGGAGAGCCCAAAACUGACAAGGACUACCUGGGCCAGUGGGUAUUGAUUUAUUUUGGAUUCACUCAUUGCCCUGAUAUCUGUCCAGAAGAACUAGAAAAAAUGAUUCAAGUUGUGGAUGAAAUAGACAGUAUUCCAUCCCUGCCAAAUUUAACUCCACUUUUCAUCACCAUUGACCCAGAAAGGGACACAAAAGAAGCCAUCUCGACUUAUGUGAAAGAAUUCUCUCCCAAACUGGUUGGUUUGACUGGCACAAAAGAAGAGAUUGAUGGAGUGGCCAGAGCAUAUAGGGUCUAUUACAGCCCUGGCCCUAAGGAUGAAGAUGAGGACUACAUAGUUGAUCAUACAAUAAUAAUGUACUUGAUUGGACCAGAUGGAGAGUUUCUUGAUUACUUUGGCCAAAACAAGAAGGUGGCAGAAAUCGCUGGUUCAAUUGCUGCACACAUGAGGUCACACAUGAAGAAGAGGUAGCCAGACUGGUGUCACCAGACACAGGAUUGUCUUGUUGAAGAGGAAGGAGGCUUUGUCUCCCAGGGGAGCCUCAAUAUAAUGUAACUACAGCAUGGCCUUCAUACCCUGAGAUCAUCAUUCCACAUGAGAUGUUGACCUUUGGCUCAGCCAACCCAGUCUGUCACAAACCUCCCAUGAGUCCAAAGGGCCAGGGUAGGGAGAGCCAGUAGAGAACAGGCCUCCCAGAGCCAUCAGAGAGAGGUAUAUGGAUGCCCUUCCGUAGGAAGAAGGCAGCAUUGCUGCCCCAACAGUACCUGGGACCUUGCUCAGGCAAAUUGUGGGGCUGGAUUCUACAGUAGACUGUCAUUUCCAUAGUGUGCUUGCCUUUUCAACUUGUGUGCUUAUUUGUGAUAGUCAAGUUUAUACUUGAGAAUAGAGUUCAUUCUUCCUUGAAAUGGGAUGUCACUAUCAGGGUUGCAUUUCAUUCCCUCAGCAGGAGGUGCUUUGACUACUGAAGGAGAAAACGUACUGCUUGACAUAAAUGUUGGUUUAGUUCCUACUUUUUAUUUUUUAGUAGCAAAAUGAUUUGGCUGGGUUUUCAGUGGUAGGUCAAAUGGAAAUGAGGAUAUUCAUUAUGACUGACCUAGUUCUUUUCUUCCAUGUACCAAAUUACACAAUGUAUAAAAUAAAGCUGUAAUCAGUUUGACAACUUGGACAAACGUGACAAACUUCUGUGAAGGGUGGAUGCCUAGCACACUGUGGUCAGGGCAGAGGCCACAGACUGAAAUGUUGAAGUGCAGGCUCCCAGGCUUGGAGCCCGCCUCUCUUGUCUGGGUGACAUGCAGAGACCUGGGCUUCCUGGGACAGGUAACUGACAUGCUGAUGAGUGAGUCCACACCUGGAUCAAGUGUUGUCUCUUAGAGAAACAGUAAGCAUCAACAGCCUUUCGAGGAGAUGUCAGCAGCUGUUCCAGAAAAUGCUCACUGCCUGGGACCUCGCUCAGGCAAAUUGUGGGGCCUGGGCAUGGUGACACCCACCUUUAGUCCCAACACUCAGGGGACAGAGUCAGGUGGCCCUCUGUGAGUUUGAGGCCAACCAGGCAACCUAGUAAAACCCCAUUUCCAAAUAAAGAAAAAAUACUGGUUAA